ACGAGCCGUGCCCGGGAGAGUCCCAGCGGAGCCGGCUUCUGGGAAGAGAAACUUGCGGCCGCGGCCGGGGGAGGCACGGGGGGCGCUCGGCACGGGCUCCUCUCCGCCACCCCCACCCGCGCCGCCCGCGCUCUCGGAAGCUCCCGGAGGAGGGUCUCGGGGUCCGGCUGGUCGCUGCCCGCGGGCCGUCCGAAGACUGGGCUCAUCCGGUGCGACAGCCCUGCCCCGCCCGGGGGGAGGGGCCGGGCCGGCCCGGGACCCAGAGGCCGCCGCCGCGCACCCGGAGAGGCUGCACCGCCGCCCCUCCCGUCCCCUCUCCGGCCUCCCGGGGCCCGCAGCGACCCCAGCCCCCCCUCCACCCCCGGGCCCUCCUCUGGACGCCUCCGGGUCCCCCGCGUCGGGCCUCCCUGGGUCCCGGCGCCCCGUCCUCCCGCCCACCGCUCCCACCUCGCGCAGGGUUCCCCGGGCCUCUCCCGGCCCCCGACCCCCCUGCCCCGGGUCCCCGGAGCCGCCGCGGUCGGGCCCCCCGAGCCCCGCGGACAUGCUCGGGCUGCUCGCGCUGCUGCUCCCGCUGCUGCCGCCGCCCGCGCGCGCCCAGGAGCCCUCCGCGCAGGACGUGAGCCUGGGAGUGGACUGGCUGACCCGCUACGGCUACCUGCCACCACCCCACCCUGCCCAAGCACAGCUGCAGAGCCCUGCGAAGCUGAGGGAUGCUAUCAAGGUCAUGCAGAGGUUUGCCGGGCUGCCUGAGACAGGCCUCCUGGGGCUCAGGGAAGCAGGACCCCAGACCGCAGAUCCGAGCACCGCAUGGAGGCAGCAGUCCGUCCAGGGCCCGGUGAAGGCUGGGGCGCUGUCCUGAAGAGCUGUGUUGUCCUUUGGGACGAGCUGGCUUCCGGAACUGGGCAGCCUGCGUGCAAAUCCAAGCGGCCGCGGGGCCCUCUUGGGCCCGCGGUUCAGCCUCUCUGAGCCUGUUGGUCCGUGACUAGAGCCGGUUGUCCUCCUGCUGAUUCCCUUGCCCCGCAACCCCUCCCACAGACCCGCUGACCAUGGCCACCAUGCACAGGCCCCGCUGCUCCCUGCCUGAUGUGCUGGGGGCGGCAGAGCUGGUGAGACGUCGUCGCCGGCGCCGGCGCUACGCCCUGAGCGGCAGCGUGUGGAAGAAGCGAACGCUGACGUGGAGGGUGCACUCCUUCCCCCAGAGCUCGGCACUGAGCCAGGAGAUGGUGAGGACCCUCAUGCACCACGCCUUGACCACCUGGGGCGUCGAGUCAGGCCUCAAAUUCCAGGAGGUGGGCUUUCAGAGCCCGACGGAGCCCGACAUCGUCAUUGACUUUGCCCGGGCGUACCACCAGGACAGUUACCCCUUCGACGGGCAGGGAGGGACCCUAGCCCACGCCUUCUUCCCCGGGGAACACUCCAUCUCUGGGGACACGCACUUCGACGACGAGGAGAUCUGGACUUAUGGGUCAAAAGAUGGUGAGGGGACGGACCUGUUUGCUGUGGCUGUUCAUGAGUUUGGCCACGCCUUGGGCCUGGGCCACUCCUCGGCACCCGACUCAAUCAUGAGGCCCUUUUACCAGGGCCCGGUGGGCGACCCCCACAAGUACCGCCUGUCCCAGGACGACCGGGAAGGCCUACAGCAGCUCUAUGGGAAGGUGCCCCAGACCCCCUACGAUAAGCCCACAAGGAAGCCCUUGGCUCCUCCUCCCCCACCCCCUGCCCUGCCCCCAGACAGCCCCUCUCUCCCCACCCCUGACCGAUGCGAAGGCAAUUUUGAUGCUAUCGCUAACAUCCGUGGUGAAACCUUUUUCUUCAAAGGCCCCUGGUUCUGGCGCGUUCAACCCUCGGGACAGCUGGUGUCGCCCCGGCCCGCCCGGCUCCACCGCUUCUGGGAGGGGCUGCCCGCCGGGGUGAAGGUCAUCCAGGCCGCCUACGCCCGGCCCCGGGACGGCGGCAUCCUCCUCUUCAGCGGCCCCCAGUUCUGGGUGUUCCAGGAGCGGCAGCUAGAGGGCGCCCCGCGGCCGCUCACGGAGCUGGGGCUGCCGGCCGGAGAGCAGGUGGACGCCGUGUUCUCGUGGCCGCUCAACGGGAAGACCUACCUGAUCCGGGGCGGGCGCUACUGGCGGUACGACGAGGCGGCCGCGCGCCCGGACCCCGGCUACCCCCGCGACCUGAGUCUUUGGGAAGGGGCGCCUCCCGCCCCCGACGAUGUCACCGUCAGCAACGCAGUGUCUCCUCCCUGCCCCGCAGGUGACACCUACUUCUUCAAGGGCGCCCACUACUGGCGCUUUCCCAAGGGCAGCGUCAAGGCGGAGUCCGACUCCCCCCAACCCAUGGGCCCCAAGUGGCUGGACUGCCCGGCCCCCAGCGCCGACCCACGCGCCCCCAGGCCCCCCAAAGCCACCCGGGAGCCCGGAGCCUGCAACUGUCAGUGCGAGAUCAAUCAGGCCUCAGGGCGGCCGUCGCUGUCCUUCCUGCUGUCCCUUCUACCCCCGCUGGUGGGGGCCGUCGCCUCCAGCUGAGGGGGACGGUCCCGGGGCGGGGCUCAUGAGGGUGGAGCUUCGCCCUGGGGACGCGGACAAAUGGCUAGCCCUUAGACUGGACGGGCCAUGUGCUCACCCUCGCCGUUCUAGCACCUUCCCUCUCACCCUCCCCCCCCCCAGCCCCAGCCCCACCCCCACCGUUGUCCUGGCUGCGCCACGCGCUGCCGCUACAGGAAGCUCUUUUUCCCGGAAGAGCUGGUGCUUCUCAGCAGCCUGUGACUAUAGCCCUGGCCCCACCUGGCAACAGCGGUUCCUCAUAGCGGCUCCUGGCUGUUUGGGGCUUUAGAGGACUGGACUGAUUGGGGCAACUGAACCCCAGCCCCUCUCUCCACCUGCUGCUCCGAAUUUCCCAGAAGAGUCCCACUGUCCUGCUUCUGCAACGUCCCAGGCAAUGCCACGUGGAUGGGGACCCCAGAUCCAACCCUCAAGUUACCCCUGAGCACGAGUGUCCCAUAUCCUGGGUGACAUCAGUGCCCCAUGUCCUGGGUGACAUCACUGGCCGCCCAGACGACCCUCCACAACCGAGGCCCCUGUGGACCUCCUUUCUGGUCACCAUCUUGGACCCAGAACAGUCCCGGUUCAACAGAACAUCCUCCAAUCCCUAAAAAUCCACUCAGUCCCUCCACACUGGAGUGUGCACCGCUUCCCUCAGGGAGAACUCUUGGGUUCUCCGCGGCUCAGUGCUGUGAAGACACUGGACUGAGUUCCCUCUCCAUCCAGGGGUCACUGCUUCCUCAGCACCCCUGGGUGAUGAGUGGGAGGGCCACCUCAUUCACCUCCCACUCCUCCCCGAAUUCAGGACCUACAUCAGUGCCUCUGGAACUGCACUUCUGGAAUCUUCCACAUCAGAAUCACCUAGGGAACUUAAAAAUGCGGAUCCCAUGCCCUCACCCUGAAUCACUUGGGGGCUGGGGCCAGGCGUCUGUACUCGAGUAAGCUUGGGGGGGCAGCCCUGAUGGGCGAGGGGGCCGGGACAACAGCUGUCAUCUCUGUCUUGUGGUUUUUCUGUGUCUCUGAAGUGUUCUCCCUCCCAGGGACCAACCUGAGCACAUUCUCUGCAGAAUCAGGUUGAUGGCCUUGCUCGAGUAGGAUCUAUCCCCUUUGGGUGGAGCCGCUUAGGGGCCACUUCCUGGGUUGCCACCCGCCCACGGUGCUGCCUGGGGCUGAGGUUGCGGGCUGCUGUCCCAGCGUGCAGGGCCCUCGGUCAGGACAAGCUGACCAGUCGGAGGGCAACAGCCAGGUGUCUUCAGCCAACCUGUGACCUGAGCAUUCCAAGCCACCAGAAAACCCGAAACCCGGGCCUCUGUCCGGAUCCUUUCAAAAUACAUGGAGGAGGAAACUUACAUUUUAAAAGCUUAUGAGCCCCACACAGGAGGACAAUGAAAGUGACCCGAGAGAAAGCCCUUCAUUUCUCCUGAGCACAGAUGGAUCCGGGCCAGGCCACAGCCCCCAGAGCCCUGAGCCAUCAUGUGGUCCUCCAAGGGCCCCAGGCUCAUAACCACCCCCGGCUUACUUUGUUGAAUGCUCUCUCACUGCCUGAAAUUCUGAAUAAUUAUUGACAGACAGCC